AUGCCCCGCGCUAAAGCUGUUACUCCACAUACACAGGAGCUCAUCCGUAUCAUGGGAAGCACUCGCCUACCGAACGGUCAGGCUAAAUAUACCCAUAGUGAGAUUGCCAGCUGCCACGGAGUAUCCAGGCCAGUUGUCAGCAAGAUACUCGCGAAGGCACCCCAGACCUACCCGCCCCAGCCUCCCGAGCGACGUGGGCGCAAGCCGGUAUUAUCCGAUAGGCAGAAACGGCACAUCAUGAGAGAGUUUGCGAAGGAUCCCGACGUCACGUGCACCAAGAUCGUGCGUAUUUGUAAGCUUAGCGUGUCCCCACAGACGGUAAGGCGUUUUCUGAGGUCGAGCGGGGCUGCUUAUGCUAAGAUUCCAACAGCUCCAAGGUCAACUCCGGCCNNNNAAGCGGUUCUGUCGAAAAGAGCAUUUGGUGGUGGGUCUGUCAUGGUCUGGGGUGGGAUAGCUGGAUCUCAUAAAGUAGCCCUGGUGGAAAUACAGAGCAACAUGAACAGCGAGGUCUACCAGUCCAUGCUCGAGAUGAACUUGCUACCAUUCCUGGAAGCGGAGGAGGAGGAAGGAAUUGAGUACACCUUCCAACAAGACAAUGCGAGGCCUCACGUAUCUUCUUCAACUAAAGAAUGGCUGGCACGCAAUGGCGUGGCAACCGUCCAGUGGCCAGCAGUGAGUCCAGAUCUGAACUGCAUCGAGCACUGCUGGGGCAAGAUGGCUCUAGCCGUCUAUGGAGGGGGUAGAGGCCCCUAUAGUACCAAGGAUGAACUCCGACAGGCAAUUUUUAAGGCCUGGGAUGACCUGACACCCGAAGAUAUCAGCACUCUCACUAAGUCGACUCGCAGUCGCUGUGUAGAGGCGAUUAAGUGUCAAGGUGGUCCUACGAGGUAUUGUUAG